CUCAUUCAACAAAACACAUGAAUCCAAUUUCAGUAAAACAAAUAAUUUAAAAUUUUAGUCAGAAGAACAUAGAGAGAGGUCGGAGAAUAUAAACCUCUUACCUGUUGUCCCCGGGUGAUUUCAAUCCAUUUCGGUUACCUGUUCCUCUUUAGAGUGCUGAAUUCACCUGUCGUGUUGAAGUCAAACGCAUACGCAAUAGCCAAGAUUGGUUCAGGCUGACAUGUGGCGGUGGGAAUUGCAUGAAAGGUGUGUCGCGUAAAGACAAUAAUAUGUGGUGUGAUGGGUGCGAAAACCCCGUUGUCUUCCCCAGAGCAAGUUUCAGGGUAGAACUCGAGGUGUUUGACUCAACAGCCGAAGCUGUCGUUGUCUGCUUUGAAGACACCGCCCAACGCUUGACAAAGACCACUGCUCAUAGUAUACUCACAGCAGAGACUGGCCUAUCACGCGUCUACAACCUUUAUUCCACUGACAUACAGGAUAAGUUCACUCCGGUGAUGGUAAGGAACGCUGAUGGAAGCAUUUCAACACUGCCCAGUUGUUUGCACUCUCUUGUGGGUAGCACUCAGACCCUCCAGCUUGAUUCGUGUACAUAUUAUGAUCAUGGCCAUUUUGAAUCCUUCAACUGCAAGAAUGUCCUACUACAUGGAGAUGGUUGUAAUCCCUUUGGUUCUUCCACACCUCCAUCGAUCCCCGCUAAAGACAAAGGGGUACUACCCAUUCCGACACCAAUUAAGCGCGUUGAACCGAUCGUAAGGCCUGCUUAUGCAUAUUCGGAUUCAGAAGAAACAGUUGACAGUGACCCAUAUGAAAGUCAGUUGGCUGGUGAUGGGAUUGGGGAUGACGGUGGCAUGCGUUAGCUAACGUUUGGUCUAUGUGUUAUCCAAUAAGAUAAGAAGGCGUGCGAGAGUUUAUGCGUUUUUCUUUUUUCUGUUUCAUGUUUUUUCCUUGGAAGACAUCUUUUUACACUUCUUUUUGGCCGGCAAGUUUUGCAAACGAAACAAC